AUGACAUGCGUAGUGCAUUUGUUAAAAGCGAGGUCGGAUGACUCUGAAUACGGUCGGCCCGACCCGUAUGAGGCGAACAUUGACAAUGUGCGAUUUAUUCCUAUCAUGAAGUUUGAACCAGUCAACUUCGAAGGCUUGUGCAACCAUCUUUCAUGUGAGACUCAGUACGAUGGAGUCAUUGUGACUUCUCAACGCGCAGUGGACGUUUUAAAGAACGCUUUUGCGCUUAUAGACAACUGCCAGCACUUUUGCGACCUGCCAGCAUAUACAGUGGGUCCCACAACAGCCAACAGGCUGGAGCUGAUUGGGUUCAAACACGUUUACGGAGCUGAGACAGGCAAUGGCCGGGUAUUAGCUGAAAAAAUGGUGCAUGUGCUACAAGAAAAACAGAGACUACUUUUUUUGGCUGGUGAGGUUCACCGCGACAUCCUUCCUCGAGAAUUAACCGCUGCGGGCCAUCAAAUCGACAAGAUAAUUGUGUACAGAACGGAAUGCUAUAACUAUCAAAAAGAGCUCUCACAGAUCAAAAACGGUGAUUGGGUGGUUUUCUUCUCACCAAGCCAUAUUGACCAGGCACUAAAUGAGCUCAGAAAAAGGCAGCUGGAUGUCAAAAUCGCUGCAAUCGGGCCCACAACGCAUCAGUUCUUAUUGGAUAAUGGGUUCGAAGUCGACGCAGUCGCAGAAAGUCCGACGGCGGAGUGCCUGAGAGAUGCAAUGAAGUAG